AUGAUGUUGUCCCGUCGCGCGUGCUACAAGUGUGGCAAUAUCGGCCACUAUGCGGAGGUCUGCUCGUCCUCGGAGCGUCUCUGCUACAACUGCAAGCAGCCUGGCCAUGAGUCCAGCAGCUGCCCUCGUCCUCGCACGACCGAGACCAAGCAGUGCUACAACUGCCAGGGUCUCGGCCACGUUCAGGCUGACUGCCCCACGCUCCGCGUGAACGGUGGUGCCAAUGGCCGCUGCUACAACUGCAACCAGCCCGGCCACCUCGCUCGCAACUGCCCCAACCCGGCCGCUCCCGGUGCUGGUGCUGGCCGCCCCGCGGGCCCUCGUUUCCAGGGUGGUUUCCGCGGCGGCUUCCAGGGUGGCUACCCUCGCGCCGCGACUUGCUACAAGUGCGGUGGCCCCAACCACUUCGCCCGGGACUGCCAGGCCCAGGCCAUGAAGUGCUACGCCUGCGGUAAGCUGGGCCACAUCUCCCGGGACUGCACUGCUCCCAACGGUGGCCCCCCUCAGCUCCGCCGGCAAGGUCUGCUACAAGUGCGCCCAGGCCGGCCACAUUUCUCGCGACUGCCCGACCAACGAGGCCGCCGCCCAGCCUCCCGUUGA